AUGAGACUUCGUAAUAUCUAUCAAGCCGCUUUCUUCGGUAGCAUGCUUCCUUGGCAAGUCGCUUGCUUACCAGUGAACCAUACCGACGACCAGGACAAUGCCGCAAUUAAGGCAGGGACAUUCCAAAAUCCAUCAGCGAACGUCCGACCACGUUUUCGAUACUGGGUCCCUGACGCUUCCGUCGAUCUUUCUUACGUGGCCGAUGAUAUUGAGGGUGCUGCUGCUGCAGGUGCUGGCGGUAUCGAGCUCCUCGGCUAUUAUCUCUACGGUGCCAAUCCAGGGACGUUCGUCCCCGUGGACUGGUCUACCUAUGGUUGGGGCACUCCAGCUUGGAAAAAACUCUUUGACGCUGUAAUUCAGACCACCAUUGAGCAUAACUUGAUCAUGGACUUCGCUAUGGGUCCAAAUCAGGGCCAAGGAGUCCCUGCACAUGAGGGUGAUGAUGGUCUUCUGUGGGACCUCAGGCUCAGUGAGACCUCCAUUGCUGUCAACGGCUCAUUCAACGACACAGUACCCGGCUGGAACACUGGCAAACUUCAAGCUGUCAUUACUGCAACCGUCACAGACUCCGUGGUGACAUCGGGUAAUAAGCCAAGCUUACCCAACGACGUGGCCUCUAACAGGACGCAAGUAACUCUCGCGACAAAAAGUUUGCAGUUAUUAACCGACAAAGUUGGCCCUGACGGACACUUAGAAGUGGACUUCGCUUCUAGCGAAGACGUGGGAAUGGAACGCCUCAUCUUUUGUGUAUAUCUCUACCACCUCAACGCAUUGGCUCAGGCACAGCCUACCUCUUUGUUGGGCCCGCAGACGCCUCCAAAGGAUUUCAUUCAGAACGGUUCAUGGACAGUUGACCAUUUUUCUGCGCGUGGUGCAAACCUUAUGACUGAUUUCUGGGAAAAAUAUCUAUUGGUAGGUGGUACUAAAGAGGCUCUAAUGAAGGUUGGCAACUAUGCGUGGGAGGACAGUAUUGAAAUCGACCCGGACCUGUAUUGGACGAAGGAGCUUCCUGAGAAUUUCGAAAAGAGGCGCGGUUAUUCGGUCGACAAAUGGUACCCCCUGUUGUUUCACCAAAAUUCCCUAACCGAGCAUUAUUCCACCUGGUACAUAACCGACGAAUCGGAUGCUGGGAACAGCCACAUUGCGGACUACCGCACCACGCUGACGGAGGGUUAUGCCGAAUAUGUGGAAGCUCUUACACAAUGGGCCAAUGCCUAUCUCGACAUACAAUGGAGCUCACAAAUUGGAUAUAACAUGGCUGUUGAUAUGCAAACUGUCAUACCCAAAGCGAAUGCCCCGGAGACGGAGUGUCUCGCCUUCUCCGAAAAUAUCGACAGCUACAGACAAUACACUUCACCAGCUAAUAUGGCAGGCAAACGUGUAAUUUCCACCGAAUGUGACGCGGUUGCUAGUAGGGUAUACCAACAGACGCUGCCAGAGCUUGUUUGGUCUUUCCGACGAUCUAUCGUUGGGUCUGUCAAUAAUAUUGUCUUUCAUGGAUUACCUUAUUCGGGAUAUUAUCCAAACACUACGUGGCCCGGGUUCACCACCUUUACUUACGCGUUCGCCGAGAUGCACGGAAGGCAUCAACCAGGAUGGGAAUUUUACUCUGACUCCAUAGGAUAUAUUGCCAGGCUUCAAUAUAUCUUCCAGUCAGGAGUGCCCAAACUGGAUUUGGCUUUCUAUCAAAAACUUACUACUUAUCCUCAAAUUCCAAGGAACUAUCAGCCCACUGAUUUGGAAGAUGCUGGCUAUAGUUACGGCUACCUCAACCCCGACAAUCUUGCGUUGCCUGGAGCCUACGUAAAGGACGGGUUCCUUGCUCCUGAGCUGCAGUCUUACAAGACUCUUAUUGUUCGAGGCAACGAUACUAUGACAGUUCAGGGUGCGGAAAGAAUUGCAGAAUUUGCCCAUCAAGGCCUGCCUAUUGUGUUCUCAGGCCGCAUACCCACCUACCUGGCUAGCUUUAAUUCUAAAGGCGCAGUGUACGUGAACAAGACACUGGAAAGCAUAAGCCACUUGCGGAACGUUCAUCAUGUGCCUUACGAUAACUUGGCAGACAGCAUUUCAUCUCUGGGAAUUCAGCCACUGACAAAGAUAGACACUGAUGGAACCUGGUACACCCACUGGAGGCGGGAUGACCACAAGAAUGAGGAUUAUAUCUUUGUGUACAACGACUCUCCCAUGUCGACUGUCAGCGCUCCUGGCUUCAGCGAAGGGACUGUCGAAUUUCACUCAACCGGAAAACCUUAUUUUUUGGAUGCUUGGAGCGGAAUUGAGACCCCAAUCCUCAACUACACGCAAACCAGCUCGGCCACGACAAUCUUUUUCCGCCUUGCCGUAAACCAAGGCAUCAUCGUAGCCUUCAAAAAUCACGAGAGGCCAGGAUUACACUCAGUUUCUGCUUCCUCAAACGUCCUCUCCAUCACCAAUUCUUCCUUCGGCUUAGAAGCUCACGUUGGUUGCGGCGCGCAAGGCUUCAUCAAAACUUCCACUGGAACGACACACGAGGUGCCAUCGACUUCUGCCAAACCGUUUAAGCUUGGGAAUUGGACACUGAUAGUCGAGCACUGGGACCCACCCUCGCCGCUCUAUCAGCCGGCUGUCACGGCCAUCAAGCACAACACCACUCACCUGAUUGGAGAUCUUGUGUCCUGGCAGGAGAUCAGUGGUCUUCAAAACGUGUCUGGCCGUGGCUACUACGAGACGAUAUUUGAAUGGCCCCCGUCCGAUGAUGCUUCUGGUGCUCUACUCUCUUUUGGCCCAGUUGUUCACACAAUCCGCGUUGGGAUUAAUGGAUACUCACUUCCACCGCUGGACACAACUUCGGCUACAGCUGAUAUCAGCAAGUACCUUCGGCACGGUAUCAAUAAAGUCCAGGUUACAGUGUCUACGACAUUGGCAAAUGUGUUAGCACCAAUUUGGGAAGACCUUGUCUCAAGCGGAUCGCCGCCGGCAGGCAUAUUUGGUGCCCCCACGGCUCCGAGUUCUCCAACGAACUAUGGUCUCCUAUAUCCGGCUGUAAUAACUCCUUACCGCUUAGUCAAAAUCCUAUAG